AAGUAAACAAGCACACCCCUCAGAUGACUAGCUAAAAUGUGCCUAGGACUUUGAGCCUUACGUUGCUUACUUUGUGUUUUUGUACACAACUCAAGACAAAGGGCAGAUGAGUGAAAAACUUCCUGGAGGAGUUCAGGGAGCAGAUCAUUGCAGGGUGAAAUUAACUGGAGCCAUCAUAAAGGCCGAGAUCUCACAGAAGCCAACAACCAUCACUGAAGCUGUGACACCACAGGAACAAAUCCAUUGUGGAAGAAGGAACGUCACAAUCCAAAGACAACUUUUAUCAGAUACUUUCACAGGAGGAACCUGAACUUAAAGCCUAUUGAGAGCAAAGAACAGCAGAAUGACCCAAACCGAACAUAAGUGGACAAUGGAGAACAGCAACCAAAUAGAAGACAAACAAACACAAGCUGUCACAAAAACCAAGAGGGAAACCAUUCAAAGACAAAGACAAUUGACAUGUCAAGUAUUGGGAGAGCUUGAAAAACUUUUGGAAGAGACACACAGUCAGAGAGAUGAAAUUGUCUACCUGAAGAGAAAUACAGAGCAACAACAGGAGGACAUUGACAGACUGACAGCAGAAAAACACGAGCAGCACUUAUUAAUAAAAAGACUGAGAUUACAGAUAGAAAAUGUUAUUGAGAAACUAGAGAAGAUUAAAAAUGAAACAUCUCAGGAAAAAAUUAAACUUCUGAAAAUGCAGACUGAAAUAUACCAAGAGAGGGAAACUCUGGAAAGACGACGUAAUGAGUUCAUUAAUGAGCGACACAAGUUGGAAAUGAUCAAAUAUGAUCAGACAAAAUUGAAAGAAAGUAAGGGACCCAUUGAGCAGAUAAAGAGAGAGCAGGAGAUAACAGAGAAGAUGAUGGCGGACAGUUUGCUCUGUCUAUUUAAAGAAAAUAAGAAAAGAAUGCUUGAAGCAAAGCAGGUAAAAGAACAAAUGAAGAAAAACAUGGCAGACAUAAAGCAGGAGAUAAAGAGAAAUAAAAAGGUUAUUUCACAACAUCAAGAUAAAAUUUACCACAUCAAACAUAAUAUGAAUGUAAAUAUCAACAAGAUGAAGCAAGGGUGGACCAAAAUUCAAAGUAGGGAAAGGCAGAAAAAAGACACCUCUGAAACUGUCAAAAUUGAUCUCAGUAGAAUCCAGGAAGAGAUGGAGAAACUUUGGGAGAUGUUAGAAGAGGGUGAACCACAACAGAAAGUGACUGUGAGAGAGGUACAGCAGCUAAAGACAGAGAAUGGUGGAUUGGAAAAUAUUAAAUCUGAUUCUCAAAAGCGAAAAGAGAGCAUGAAGACAACACACUGGGAAACUGAUAUGUGGAAGCAAAAUCAAAACCUAGAAAAAAAGUUGGUACAGGUCCAAUCUGAAGAAGAUGACAUACAAAACAUCAAGACUAAAAUACUGACUGACAGUGAACACAUAGAAAGAGAAGUAGCUCAAGCUGAAAUGAAUACAAUGAAGUCUGUACAGGGGAGUUCUGAAAUGCAAACACAGGGGCUGGCCGACAAGUUACAAAGGACAAAGAAAGAGAUAAGAGAGAUAGAAGUGAAAAAGGACUUGGUAAAAAUGAGAAAGAGAACAAAGGAGGAGUUCAGCAGGAUGAUGGAAAGGACUGAACCUGCUAAACAAGACAUGGAAGGAAGACAAGCUAAGACUAAGAAACAGAGGUCAGAACACAUAGAGGACAGAUUUGAUGAGCAGAAGGUAAGAAUUCAACAGGUGGACAGAACCAGAGAUAUAAUACAACAUAAAGAAAAUCUGUUUGAGGAAGACAACAUAGACCCAACCAACAAGAAUGAAGUGAACAGUGACAUGAAGAGAGGGAUUGUUGAAGUAGAAGAGAUCGGAAAGAUGCUUUGUAGGGUGAGAGAGGAUGCAGAGCAAAGCAGGAGAGACUUUACAGAAGAAAAGACCCAAAUCCAGUGGAUGAACUUUCGAGUUAAAAAAAAGAGACGAGAGCUUGACAAACGGCUGGAUAGUACCAUGAGAGAGAGGGAUGAGGUAGAAAUCAUGAAGGUAAAGAUACAACAACACAUGAAGGAGGUGGAACAAAAGCUGGAAGACACAAUAACUACCAUUCGGACUAUGAGUGAGAUAAAGACCAGCAUAGAAAAUGCUGCUGCAGAAAUGAACAUUACCAGGGAGGAUAUGCUCCAAGUCCAAAGAAAGAUGGAUAAGAACAAGGAAGAGGUCAAAAAGAACAUGGUAAGUAAAUGCUUGUCUUUUUACUUUUUUACUCUUGGGCCUGUAAUUAGCCAUUUCCAUAUUUUAAAACCUCACAGUUGUAUUUAAUGUAGAGAUUUUCAGCAUAGCCAUCUCAAAAGAAUCUCAAUAUUGUUCCAUUACAUUAAUCAUUAAAUAUAAAACCCAGAAAGAAUCAGAAAUAAAACAGAGAUGUUCAUGCCCUAGCCCCAACUAAGGAUAUUAAAGAAAGCAUUACAUAUUACAAAUAUAUUGUUUAAUUACUCUAUGCAAUAGUUUCCUUUUUGUACAUUUACAGAUAUAGUAGAAAAACAGACAUGCAUAUGUAAUAUGUUAUUGACACAGUAUUUGUACAGUAACAAAUGGCUGCUGACAUUUCAUUUACAUUUGUAAUACAAACCUUUACUGAGACAGAUGCUAGAUAGGCAUAGCUUAUUCAAGCUACUCAAUGAAUACAAUGAAUACAAGCAUAAUACUAAUAAAUAAAACUAAUGUCACAAUGAAAUUAUAA